CAGAGCAGCCAUUGUACAAAAGAAUAAAAGGAAAAAAUGUUAAAACAUCACGAAAUUCACCCCGAAAUAGCUUAAAAUAGACUAUUAACCAAUAUAUUUUAUAAUAAUAGUGUUUUUUUCCAAAAUUAAAUGAAAAUUCUACGUAUAGUGAUGUCGGAGAAAUAAAUCUGAAUUUCGUCAUUUAUAAUGGCUGCUCUGAAAGCGAAAUACGAAUUUUAAUAAUAAUGUAAAAAUAAAAUCGCUUAGUGUAAAGAAGUCUUCCAAAAUAGUUGUAUUAGUGUGUAGUUGUAAUUUUGCCGUGAAAGAAUAUUUAUAGUCAAUUCAAAACAAAUCAACAUUAUAUAAUAAUAUUAUAGUUAAAUUAUUAACGAUUUACAUGAAAAAUAAAGGAUAACUUCAAACAAUUUAGUUUGAAGACAAAUAAUUAGUAAUUACGUAAUUAAAAGUUGAAGUUUAGAGUGCGCCCCUGCAGAAUAAAAAAAUCAAUUAUCAAAAAUGUUUAAUCUGGGCCGCUUUAAGAUACCUCCCAUCAAAAAUGCCCUAGACGUAGCUCUGCAGACCGUCAGGCAGCAGAUGCCUGAUAAACCAGGACCGCCACCCCGUCCCCAGCAGAACGUCAGAUUCGCCAACUUAGACAAUAUGGGUGAGAGCUGUGAACUGUCCACCAUGAACGAAACUACAUCUCCAAGCUACCAGUCGACAAAUCCGAAUAAUCCAUUCCUCAGUGGUGAACUACAAGCAGAAGAUUCAUUCACCAGCUACCAAAACACUUAUCCGCAACAGGAUGGAAUUGCUCCAAGAACCCAGAGCAUGCAAAGUGUUGAUUUCUAUGCGUCGUCUGAAGAAGGUGGUUUCGAAGAAUGCGGUGGAAAGCCGGGAGCUAAAAUCAACGAGUUUCAAGCUGCAUGGAACGUUACUAACGCUAUUCAGGGAAUGUUCGUGGUGUCCCUCCCAUUCGCAGUUCUUCAAGGAGGCUACUGGGCAAUUGCCGCUAUGAUCGGCAUCGCUCAUAUCUGCUGUUACACUGGUAGGAUCCUAGUGGAGUGCCUCUAUGAAGACGAUCCCGUCUCUGGGCAACGGGUCCGCGUCCGUGACUCAUACGUCGGUAUCGCCAAAGAAUGUUUCGGCAGGAAAUAUGGCGCCAGGAUCGUAAACUUGGCCCAGAUCAUCGAACUACUCAUGACUUGUAUUCUUUACGUUGUCGUUUGUGGGGACUUAAUGAUCGGUACAUUCCCCGAUGGCUCCAUAGACACUCGUUCGUGGAUGAUGCUAACCGGAAUAUUCCUUUUGCCACUUGGCUUCCUGAAGUCUUUGAAGAGCGUCAGUAUGCUAUCGUUCUGGUGCACCAUGAGUCACUUGAUCAUAAACGCGAUUGUACUAGGCUACUGCAUUCUCUACAUCGGCGAUUGGGGAUGGUCGAAAGUCAAAUGGAACUUGGACUUUGAAAAUUUCCCAAUCAGUCUAGGCGUGAUCGUCUUCUCGUACACAUCUCAAAUAUUCUUGCCCACUCUGGAAGGGAAUAUGGAGGAUCGAUCUAGAUUUGAGUGGAUGCUCAAAUGGUCUCAUAUCGCAGCUGCGGCUUUUAAGUCUGUUUUUGGAUACGUUUGCUUCUUGACCUUCCAAAACGACACUCAACAGGUUAUUACGAACAACCUUCGUUCUUCAGGAUUCAAAGGUCUUGUAAAUUUUUUCCUUGUAAUCAAAGCAGUGCUUAGCUAUCCUCUACCUUAUUACGCUGCGUGCGAUCUAUUGGAACGCGCUCUUUUUAGGGGCAAACCGAAAACUCUGCUCCCCGUAAUUUACGCUUUGGAUGGGGAACUGAAGGUAUGGGGUCUCGCUUGGAGACUCGGUGUGAUAAUGUUCACAAUUUUAAUGGCGAUAUUCAUUCCGCAUUUUACUAUUUUAAUGGGAUUUAUCGGUAGUUUCACGGGCACUAUGUUGAGUUUCAUUUGGCCGGCUUAUUUUCAUUUGAAACUGAAAGGAAAUCAAUUAGAAAGUAAGACAAUUGCCUACGACUAUUUCAUUAUAGGCCUAGGAUUCCUGUUUGGUAUCAUCGGAAUGUACGAUGCUGGUUCGGCGCUCGUUAGGGCUUUCAAAAUAGGAUUGCCUUUUUAAGAAGCAAUCUUCACGAAUGACAAUAAGUUGUUAUACUAUUUAUAGAUUUAAUCAUAUCGGUAUCGCAGUUUUCGCGGCAUUAAAUGUUGUAAUAUAGUUAGCGGAGUUUUUUAAUAUUUUUUUUAAACGACUCCGAAAAAUAUGUAUUUUUUUUGUUUAUGUAAUGUAGUUGACAACUUUGGCGUGACUUCGUUUCGAGAUUGGAAAAUCAUUAUUUAAAAAGUGUUAUCAAUGUUAAUAAAGAGCCUGAUGAGACUCUAUCCAAAAUACGUACCUAACGUUAUUCUUAUGGGAAUUUCGUUAAGCUUAAAAGUAAAAAAAAAACUAUUCAGAGAUUUUUCCGUUUUUAUCCAAAAAUUCCGUCGUCCCUUCUACUCGUAGGGCCCGUAAUAGGAAGCAUGUAAGGGUAAGUACCACCGUCCUGCCUAUUUCUGCCCCGAAGCAAUGAUGCGACCUCGUAUCUCCGGGCGGAUGAAGGAGUCCACAUUGAUGUCUAUCAUGCUUCUAUAACCACUUUACACUUCAACUGGUAUUAGGGGGUCUUGAGAGCCUG